UGCCAUUAUUUACACAUGGGCAUUCGCCUUGCGCUGUCGGCUCUGCGCGGGUGCGCCUGCGCUGUAACGUCUCUGCCGUCAUUGUGCGGCUGCGCCUGCGCGUCGAUCGGGCCUGUCAUGGAGGUGUGGGUGCGCGGUUGGGGAACCGGCCUAGUGGCUCUAACGCUGCCGCCUGGCUCUUCCAGCCGGGAGCUGAAGCUGCGCCUCAACCAACAAGGCUUCCCUGCUGCCGAUAUUUACCUAAAAUGUAAUGGAAAGCUGGUUACUGAAGAUGGACACCUUCAUGAUGGAGCGGUUUACAGUGUGGAACCGAGACUGGUCGGAGGAAAAGGAGGUUUCGGGUCAAUGCUUCGUGCACUCGGAGCGCAGAUUGAGAAAACUACAAAUCGAGAGGCAUGCCGAGAUUUGAGUGGAAGAAGGCUGCGGGAUGUAAACCAUGAAAAAGCAAUGGCUGAAUGGAUAAAGAAGCAGGCAGAGCGGGAGACAGAGAAAGAGCAGAGGCGACUGGAACGAUUGCAGCGCAGGCUCGCUGAGCCCAAGCACUACUUCACUGACCCACAGUAUGAGCAGCAGCUGGACGAAAUGUCGGAGCGACUGGAGGACUCUGUGCUUAAAGGUUUACAAGCAUCGUCAAGUGAUGUGGUGGCAGUGGAGAGUGGAAGUCAAAAACGUGCACAUCCAGACGUGCACAAGGUGGCCACAGAAGGGAAGAAAAGAUGUCUCUGGAUGGGAGUGGAGGAUUUGGAAGGAUCUGGGAGUUCUGAUGAGGAGUGUGUGGCAGAGUGCAGCUCCUCCAAGUCUUUGUCUUGCCCUGAGAGUUCUGUGGGGCAGGUGAACAUUGAAAGCAGCACUGUUGAUGGUGUGAGAGACUGUGCUCCUGGGCCCAGUAUUGAACCUUGUGUGCCUGCGCCAAUCUCCAAACCUCAGAAUGAACCCGGAAAAGUGGAUCCAGAGCCCAGUAAUGAAGUGGAAGCAGAGAAUUUGGUCUCAGAAGGAAGUGAACAACUUGAAACAGAAGAGGUCACUGAAAAUAGCCCCAAAGAAAUGGAGAAGCUGGCAGAUAAAGGAAACGAUGUGAACCAACCAGCAACAGAACCGCGACUGGAGGAUUGGAGAACAUUUAACUCUGCAGAGGAGCUUGAAUGCUUGGGACUGGACAGGCUGAAAAGUGAACUGAUGGAGAUGGGGUUAAAAUGUGGCGGGACCCUACAGGAGCGGGCUGCCAGACUUUUUUCUGUGAAGGGCCUGUCCAGGGAGCAGAUUGACCCUACACUCUUUUCCAAGCCAGCUAAAGGAAAGAAGAAAUGAACAACCGUUUAAUUCUUCACCAUCUUCUGAAGAUGGGCAGGUGAAGAAACAGACAUGUUUACACUCUGGGAUUCUUUCCAGAGUCUCCAGAAUUGCUUACCCACACUUUGUGAUGUGUGGUGGGGAAUAUGGUUUUCAGUUUGAACAUGCGUGCGUGGGCACUGGCUACUCGAGCCACUCUUCUGUACAUUGCUUAGACAUUUGACUCACUCUUGGAUUCUGUGCUUCAUGCUGGCUGUUAGCAGGGCUUCAGAGCAAAGCCAGGCUCUCUGAACAGAGACUGAGUUGUUCAUCUCUUCAGUUUUUAAAAAUUGGUGAAAAAAAUAAAUAUAGACUAGCUUUUAA